CGUCUUCCCCAGCCGGCCGUUCCAAUCCGUUCCCCCUUCCCCCGGGUUAUUCUAUUGGGUUCCCUAUUCUUUUCCCAUUCCCACCCCGCCUCCUCAUCGUCGCGCUCACGCACGCUCCCGCAUCCCCGCUGCCGCGCCACACCAGCACCAGCACCGCACUCCACCGCCACCGCGCGCGUCGCUGUCGCUCGUCAUCGACGCCUUCGCUUCCCCAGCACGGGACCUCGAGCGGGCAGCGCGCGCGCUAUAAGGCGAAGGCACACCCCGCGGCCAUGGCGCCCGCACCGGCAUCGCUCUCGGCCCCCCGCGCCCUCUCCCUGCUCGCACCCGCCGCCAGAGUCUCGCCCGGGAGGUGGAGCGGCCUGUCGGUCUCCGUCGCGGCCCGGCCCGUGACCGGGGUGGUGGUGUCCGCGCAGCGGCGGCUGGUCGCGGCGGCGGCGGCGACGGAGAUGGCGCCCGCGGCGAGCGGGGAGGAGGGCGGGAAGCCGUUCGUGGAGGAGAUGCGGGCGGUCGCCAUGAAGCUGCACACCAAGGACCAGGCGCGGGAGGGGGAGAAGGAGCCGCAGGGGCCGCCCGUCGCCAAGUGGGAGCCGUCCGUCGAGGGCUAUCUCCGCUUCCUCGUCGACAGCAGGCUCGUCUUCCAGACGCUCGAGGACAUCGUCGACCGCGCCGCCGUCCCGUGGUAUGCUGAAUUCUGGAAUACUGGGUUGGAGAGAUCAGAGGCACUCAAGAAGGACCUGGAGUGGUUCAAGGAACAGGGCCACACAAUUCCAGAACCAUCGCCUCCUGGCACUACCUACGCUUCCCUUCUUGAAGAGUUGUCUGAGAAGGACCCUCAGGCAUUUAUCUGCCAUUUCUAUAAUGUGUACUUUGCUCAUACUGCUGGAGGCCGAAUGAUUGGGAAAAAGGUUUCCGAGAAGAUUCUGAACAAGAAGGAGCUGGAGUUCUACAAGUGGGAGGGCAAUCUCUCCCAGCUGCUGCAGGACGUCCGCAACAAGCUUAACCAAGUUGCAUCCAGCUGGUCUCGGGAGGAGAAGGACCACUGCCUGGAGGAGACGGAGAAGUCCUUCUCCUACUCUGGGGCGCUUCUCCGCCACAUAUUCACCUGAUUUAGCAUUGCCCUCUGAUCCAAUCACAAACGCUGUAAAUACAUUAUCCAUGACUGUUACGACUUUGUUACUGGGGAGAUGGUGGAAUCUCCUCCACCUGGUACGAUGUACCUUCAGACAAAAUGCCAAAGUGUUAAAUAAACCACAGCCCCAUUCUCCCA